AGCGCUGGACGGCGCCGAGCGGUCGGGGGCGAGAGCAGCCGCCGGGGUCCCUCAGCCGAAGUUGAAGGAACAAAAUGUGAAAGGCCGGUAGAGGACUGUGAAAGAAAAGUUGUCCCCCAGGAUGGACUUCACCGCGCAGCCCAAGCCUGCCACUGCCCUCUGUGGCGUCGUGAGUGCAGACGGGAAGAUCGCUUACCCUCCGGGGGUAAAGGAGAUCACCGACAAGAUCACCACCGAUGAAAUGAUCAAGCGACUGAAGAUGGUAGUAAAAACUUUUAUGGAUAUGGAUCAGGACUCAGAAGAUGAAAAACAGCAGUAUCUCCCACUAGCCUUGCAUCUUGCAUCUGAAUUUUUCCUCAGGAAUCCCAAUAAAGAUGUGCGUCUCCUUGUAGCAUGUUGUUUGGCCGACAUUUUUCGAAUCUAUGCCCCAGAAGCUCCAUAUACUUCCCAUGAUAAACUUAAGGACAUAUUUUUGUUUAUUACCAGACAAUUAAAAGGUUUGGAGGAUACAAAGAGUCCACAGUUUAAUAGAUACUUUUAUUUAUUAGAGAACUUAGCUUGGGUUAAAUCCUAUAACAUCUGCUUCGAAUUGGAAGAUUGCAAUGAAAUUUUUAUUCAGCUUUUUAGGACUCUCUUCUCAGUGAUCAACAAUAGCCACAAUAAGAAGGUACAAAUGCACAUGUUAGACUUGAUGAGUUCUAUCAUCAUGGAAGGUGAUGGAGUUACUCAAGAAUUACUGGACUCCAUUCUUAUUAACCUCAUUCCUGCACAUAAGAACUUAAAUAAACAGUCCUUUGACCUUGCAAAAGUCUUAUUGAAAAGGACAGUCCAGACCAUUGAGGCAUGCAUUGCCAAUUUUUUCAAUCAAGUCCUGGUGCUGGGAAGAUCGUCCGUAAGUGAUUUGUCAGAACAUGUAUUUGAUCUGAUUCAGGAACUUUUUGCAAUAGAUCCUCAUUUAUUAUUGUCUGUCAUGCCGCAGCUUGAAUUCAAACUAAAGAGCAAUGAUGGAGAAGAGCGAUUAGCUGUUGUUCGACUUUUAGCUAAAUUGUUUGGUUCUAAAGAUUCUGAUUUGGCAACACAGAAUCGUCCUCUUUGGCAGUGUUUUCUUGGACGAUUUAAUGACAUUCAUGUUCCUGUGAGAUUAGAAAGUGUGAAAUUUGCCAGUCACUGUUUAAUGAAUCACCCAGAUUUAGCAAAGGAUCUCACAGAAUAUUUGAAAGUUAGAUCCCAUGAUCCCGAAGAGGCUAUUCGUCAUGAUGUCAUUGUUACUAUAAUAACAGCUGCCAAAAGAGACCUUGCCUUAGUAAAUGAUCAACUACUUGGCUUUGUAAGAGAAAGAACACUGGAUAAACGGUGGCGAGUAAGAAAAGAAGCUAUGAUGGGUCUGGCUCAGCUCUAUAAGAAAUACUGUCUUCAUGGUGAAGCAGGAAAGGAAGCUGCAGAGAAAGUCAGCUGGAUAAAGGACAAACUUUUGCAUAUUUAUUAUCAAAAUAGCAUCGAUGACAAACUGUUGGUAGAGAAAAUCUUUGCUCAGUAUCUUGUCCCCCACAACCUGGAAACAGAAGAGAGAAUGAAAUGCUUGUAUUAUUUAUACGCUAGUUUGGAUCCAAAUGCUGUCAAAGCUCUCAAUGAAAUGUGGAAAUGUCAGAACAUGCUUCGAAGUCAUGUACGAGAACUCUUGGAUUUGCACAAGCAACCUACAUCAGAGGCUAACUGUUCUGCCAUGUUUGGAAAACUGAUGACCAUAGCAAAGAAUUUGCCUGACCCUGGGAAAGCACAAGAUUUUGUGAAGAAAUUUAACCAGGUCCUUGGUGAUGAUGAGAAAUUGCGGUCUCAGCUGGAGUUACUAAUCAGCCCAACCUGUUCAUGCAAACAAGCAGAUGUUUGUGUGAGAGAAAUAGCUCGAAAACUUGCAAAUCCUAAGCAGCCAACAAAUCCUUUUCUAGAGAUGGUCAAAUUUCUGUUGGAAAGAAUUGCACCUGUGCACAUUGAUUCAGAAGCCAUAAGUGCACUGGUAAAACUGAUGAAUAAAUCAAUAGAAGGGACAGCAGAUGAUGAAGAGGAGGGUGUAAGUCCAGAUACAGCUAUUCGUUCGGGACUUGAACUUCUUAAGGUUCUGUCUUUCACACAUCCUACCUCGUUCCACUCUGCAGAGACAUAUGAGUCCCUGUUACAGUGCCUCAGAAUGGAAGAUGACAAGGUAGCAGAAGCUGCUAUACAAAUUUUUAGAAAUACAGGCCACAAAAUAGAAACAGACCUACCCCAGAUACGAUCGACCUUAAUUCCCAUUUUACAUCAGAAAGCAAAGAGAGGUACUCCACAUCAAGCAAAACAGGCUGUUCACUGUAUACAUGCCAUAUUCACAAAUAAAGAAGUCCAGCUUGCACAGAUUUUUGAGCCACUCAGUAGGAGUCUGAAUGCUGAUGUACCAGAACAACUUAUUACUCCGUUAGUUUCAUUGGGCCACAUUUCUAUGUUAGCCCCAGAUCAAUUUGCUUCCCCAAUGAAAUCCGUAGUAGCAAAUUUUAUUGUGAAAGAUCUGCUAAUGAAUGACAGGUCAACAGGUGAGAAGAAUGGAAAAUUAUGGUCUCCAGAUGAAGAGGUUUCCCCCGAAGUACUAGCAAAGGUACAGGCAAUUAAACUUCUGGUAAGGUGGCUGUUGGGUAUGAAAAACAACCAGUCUAAAUCUGCCAAUUCAACUCUUCGAUUAUUAUCAGCGAUGUUGGUUAGUGAGGGUGACCUGACAGAGCAAAAGAGGAUCAGUAAAUCUGAUAUGUCUCGCUUGCGAUUAGCUGCUGGUAGUGCCAUAAUGAAGCUUGCUCAGGAACCUUGUUACCAUGAAAUUAUAACUCCAGAACAGUUUCAGCUCUGUGCACUUGUUAUUAACGAUGAGUGCUACCAAGUAAGGCAGAUAUUUGCCCAGAAGUUGCAUAAAGCUCUCGUGAAGUUACUGCUGCCAUUGGAAUAUAUGGCGAUCUUUGCCUUGUGUGCCAAAGAUCCUGUGAAGGAGAGAAGAGCACAUGCACGACAGUGUUUACUAAAAAAUAUCAGUAUACGCAGGGAGUACAUUAAACAGAACCCCAUGGCUACUGAGAAAUUACUAUCACUGUUGCCUGAAUAUGUAGUUCCAUACAUGAUUCACCUGCUAGCCCAUGAUCCAGAUUUUACAAGAUCACAAGAUGUUGAUCAGCUUCGUGAUAUUAAAGAGUGCCUAUGGUUCAUGCUUGAAGUUUUAAUGACAAAGAAUGAAAACAAUAGCCAUGCAUUUAUGAAGAAGAUGGCAGAGAACAUCAAGUUAACAAAAGAUGCCCAGUCUCCAGAUGAAUCCAAGAUGAAUGAAAAACUUUAUACAGUAUGUGAUGUGGCUCUGUGUGUUAUAAAUAGUAAAAGUGCUUUGUGCAAUGCAGAUUCACCAAAGGAUCCAGUCCUUCCAAUGAAAUUUUUUACACAACCUGAAAAGGAUUUCUGUAAUGACAAGAGUUAUAUUUCAGAAGAGACCAGAGUACUUCUGUUAACAGGAAAGCCAAAACCUGCUGGAGUACUAGGUGCAGUAAACAAGCCUUUAUCAGCAACAGGAAGAAAACCAUAUGUAAGAAGCACUGGAGCUGAGACUGGAAGCAAUAUUAAUGUAAAUUCAGAGCUGAACCCUUCAACCGGAAAUCGAUCAAGGGAACAAAGUUCAGAGGCAGUAGAAACUGGAGUUAGUGAAAAUGAAGAGAACCCUGUGAGAAUUAUUUCUGUCACACCUGUAAAAAAUAUUGACCCAGUAAAGAAUAAGGAGAUUAAUUCUGAUCAGACUACCCAGGGCAACAUCAGCAGUGACCGAGGAAAGAAGAGAAGUGUAGCAGCAGCUGGUACAGAGAACAUCCAACAAAAAACAGAUGAGAAAGUAGACGAAUCAGGACCACCUGCCCCUUCAAAACCCAGGAGAGGACGCCGACCCAAGUCUGAAUCUCAGGGCAAUGCAACCAAAAAUGAUGACAUAAACAAACCUCUUGGCAAGGGAAGAAAGAGAGCUGCGGUCAGUCAGGAAAGCCCUGGGGGUCUGGAAGCAGGUAAUGCCAAAGCACCCAAACUGCAAGAUGUAGCCAAAAAGGCAGUACCAGCAGAGAGACAGAUUGACUUACAAAGGUAAAAAGAAAACUCAUUUGCAAAGGGAAAAAAUGAAGGCCAAACAGAAGCACAGACUCCAGCUUCUGCAAAAACUUGGAUUCACAAUGUCCCUGAACAGAAAAUGAAGUUAACUUCAGAACACACUUUCUGCCUUGAAAACUGAAAGAAACUAUUACUUCCUUUUCACAUGACCACAAGUCCUUUGAUGGAAAUGUACAGAGAAACUCUUGAGAGAGAGAGAGAGAGAGAGAGAGAGAGAGAGAGAGGCUAAAAGCAACUCUAUUCUACCCUUCCCCCCUAGACUUUUCUUAUGAAAAGUCAAUAAUUAAGCAAAUUGCUUAACACUUGGUUCCAGUUCCUGCAUAUCUGGAGUUUAAAGGCAUAAUAUACCAUUAAUUUCCAUGCUGCAGUUUUUAUUUUAAGGAAAGUAACAGGAUGUCCUUACACUGACACUGAAAAUUCAUCAAUUUUAGAGCCAGGAAUUCCCGUGUUACACAAGAAAAAAAUAGAAGUCUACUGAAUUAAUUUUUUAGAAGAAAAGAGAUCAGAUUAAAUAUUUCUUUGUUUUUCCUUUUGGAAACUUUUAUGUAUAAUUCUUUCUGCCUGCCUACUUUUCUGCAAAAAUGAGAUGUACAGAUUUCAGUUCCCUGCUAUGAAAAGUGAUGUGGUGGCAAUUUUAUAAAUGUUGCUUUCUGAUUUUUAUCAGAGUGAGAAAAUAAUUAAGAUUAUUAUUGAUUUCAUAUCACUUCAUAUUUUGAUUUCCCCUCCAUUUUAGUUUAAUAUAAUUUGCAAUAAAUGUACAUAUUGUUGUUUGUUUCAUAAAGCAUAUCACUUUAAAAUGGUUUUUACUCCUGUGAUUAUGUUGGAAUAUUUGGAAUUUUAAAGGAGUAAAGACUGCCCAGCAUUUGGUUUUAUAAUGUUUGUCAUCAGAUUUUUAUUAUUGAUGUAAAGAAAAAAGUCAAUUUUUUUAAAUAGUUGGACUUUGGCAGCUUUGUAAGGAAAGUUGGAGGUGUUUAGGAUUGCCAUCAAUUUUCAGCAUUGUGCUAUUGGGAAUUAAGUAUUUUGCUUUUUGUCUGCCAGUCUGGGCUCAGUUUUUAUGUUUAUUUUAGAAGACAACUGUUGCAUCGAUAUAUUGUUUCUUGGCAUUGUUCAGCAUAGGUGAUGUGUGCACUUUUUGUGUACACAUAAUCAUAUUUAAGUUUUUUGCAUAAAAUAAAUGCUUCUAGAGGUCAUAUGGUAGUCUUUUUUAAUCUCUUUAUCAUAUUAUGUUUUGUUUCUUUUUAUGUGAAAGGGCUAAAGUCAUAAAGAACAUGAUUACAGUCAACUCUCCAUUAUCUAUAAAACAGUGACUGUGCCUCAGAUUUUGAGUUGCAGUCAUAAUUUAAAUCUUAAACUGAAUGAAAGCAAGUAUGUUACAAGAGCUGAUUCAGGAGGAACUUGUAAUUGAUCCUUCCUCAUGCUCAAGAGUUGUUGCCCCCCAGUCUUCAUUUGAGGCUCUUUCUCAAAACCAUAACUGAAUGUGCUCACUCAGCUGCCUUGCACGUUCCUAGGAGGGUCAGAAGACAUAAACGACACGUGCACUAGAACCGUCUUGAGACGCUAUAGUCCACAGGCAUGUAAAACAGCGAAUGUGAGUAAUGUCAAAAUAAAAGGUUAUGUUAAAUGUGAAAUCUGCUAGUAGUAAAUGUCACGUAUGAUCUCCUAGAUAAUCAAGAGUUGGCUGUAUAUUGACUCAGUGAAAGAUGGGUAACUCUUUCAAAUAUGCAUGUACACACAUGUAAGUAUCAGAUGAUGGUUAGGGAACAGUGAAUACAAGUGAUAGAAAACAAUACCUUUUAAAAGGGCAAGAAAAGCCCUGCUCUUCUUAUUGCCUCUUCAUUACCCUUUAGAAGUAUAAAAUAUUGCCUCCAACAUGCUGAAAAAGAAUAUCUAUGCAUAAGCAUCAGAGAAGUCCCUCAAGCAAACAGUGGAUGUGUAUAUUUAGAAAGAUUUUAAAGUGCUCUUAGCAUCAGACAACUUGAUUCGCAAGGCCACUGACCUGUCACCAAUAAAAAAAGCACACUGGUAGGGACCUUCUUUUUCAACUCCUUUUGAUUACUCAGCAUCACAGCUGACUAGAUUACCUAGUGCUAUUAAACAAUGUAGCAGACCCAUUUGCAUCUGUUUGUGGCUGCAUUGAUUUUUGCAGGAGAGGAGUUUAGCUAAAAGGAUCUGGUCCGCAGGUGUAUGUAAAUGGCCCCUCUGGUUUCAUAAUGUGAUGCAAGCAUCUGGCACUAAGGGAAGGGAGAGUAGGAUGAUAAAAAGAUUGAGAUGAUGGGGGAGGGACUUAAGGGACAUUUGUCAGUUUUCCUUUGAAAAAGGAAAAUGUUAAAUCCCUUAGGAAUUUGAUAUUCACAUCUCAGAGAAAUACAACACAAAGUGCAGACUUAUAUUUGAGAAUUAAUGUUAACCCUUUGUGUCUAGUUUGAAGCUUCUUGUAUUUGUCUAAAACUACAAGCCAGAAUUUUGUAUCUCCUUUGAUAAAAAGUGUGUAUAAUGUAAAGUAGUUUUGCAUAUUCUUGUGCUGCACAUGGGCUGAAUUUUUAAAAAAUUUUUUAAAGACUUGAAGCAGAACCUUGUAAUUUGUGUAAAUGAUGAGUGUAAAAUCCUACCAUAAAAUGCUAAAAAUAUGCAUUGUUUCAAAUAAAACCAAGAAAUGCAGCAUUAUAUAGUAGUGUGGAACCCUGAAUAUUCAUGUACCCCCUGGUAUGUCACAAGUUGAUAAAAUAUCUGCAUAUUUUCUGUUUGAAAUCUGGAGUCUGCAUAUCCUCAUGAGAAAUCAAAUGUAAUCAUAAGUCAAAAAAAAAACCCUUCAAACUUCUUGGCUACAUACUCUGAUCUGACCUACAGUGACUGAGGGAGAGCAUAAUAGAUGAUAAAUUCUGAUAAACAUUUGGGAAACGUUAGAAGUUCCUUUUUAACCCAAGAACUUAAAAGUGGCCUUUCAUUUAUACUAUGAUACAUCUAUUUAUUGCAAAUUUUGGACAUGCACAUUUAUUUUAAAAACUGAUGGACAGCAAGCAGAUUACAUGUAUUGGAAAUAAGAAAUGGACAGAAUGAGAAAUAAGAAAGCUAGCUAUCCUGCCUGGUUCUGUAUUUCACCCUCCAUGGGAUUAUCAUUCUACACCUUGAUAUUUGUACUGUCAAGACGUUUCUGUCUUCACUAUUCAAGUGGAUAAACUGUUCAUAGAAACCAAUGGAGACCAACAAGUCUCUAACAGUCUGACAACAAGCUUUGCAGCCUGCCUCAACAAUGAUGGCAUUGCUCACAAGAAGUUCGCUGUAAGACAGUAACACUGUAGAACAAUGGAAAUGAAUGUGCAUAAUCACACACCUCCUCAGCCUGUAAACCAGAGCUUUAAAUUUUCAAUUUCAUAAGAGUAAUAAACCUUCUUUACUUCA